AUGCACAGGUCACCAGCCCACAUCGGGGCCUGGGUACAAUAGUCAGUAUAGACUGUACUGUAUACACAGACGUUAGCCCAGCGAGCCACCUUUGGUAACAGGAUUACGAUGUAGCCACGCACGCCAGGCAUACCUCGACAGGUGAAGGUGGUGACGUGAUCAGAGUAGUUGUGGUGAGGGAUGCGGGUGAACACAGUACUCGUCCUUGUGGCGGCCACCCUACAAGUCACUUCAUGUCAUCUGCCCCACACCCUCGCACAUGAAUGUAACAAAACUAUUAGAAGCGAGGAGGAGGGGGAGGGAGUGGUGGAGUCACCUGGGUACCCUGGCCUCUACCCCACCCCCGCCACCUGCACCUACACCUUUCUGGGCGCCAGCCCCCACCACAAGGUCCAACUCGCUUUUACCUACUUCUCCCUAAGAGAGCCACCUCUUCAUCUCGUGGCUCACGAGAGGUGUUUACACACAGACACCCUGGCCAUGUACAACCUUGUCAACAACUACACUCGCCAAGAGAUUGACACCUUCUGCGGCACCUCCGUCCCCUUGCCCAUUAUGUCUUCCACACCAGGUCUUCAGCUGGUGUUCACGGCCAAGCCAGCAACGUCGCUACCCGAGACUUCACUGUUAAUACAUAAUGGAUUCUCCGCCAGAUUCAAAUUUGUCACAAAUCUGGGAAUGAAGAGCGGGCAGCAGACUGCCCCUGGUGUGUGCCAAUUUCUAUACAACAGUACCAACGCUGCCAAUGGUACGGUGUAUUCCCCCAACCCUGAGGGUUACUACCCGCAAGACACUACCUGCCACUACCUCUUUUAUGGCCGUCCAGGCGAGGUGGUGAGACUUACCUUCAAGUACUUCGACGUGGAGGGGGUCAUGCCGUGUAACGAGGCGACGGACAGCGAUUAUCUGGAGUUUUCAAACUUCCCCAGCGCAGACCGUAAGAUCCCAGCCUACUGUGGCAAUGUUGCCCCCUCCAUCAUCCAGAGUGAUGGCACCUUCUUCAGGCUUACUUUCAGGAGUAAUAACAAAUUUAGUGGAACUGGGUUUGCCACUGACUACCAAUUCCUGGAUAUGUCAUACCAACCAUACACCAUCAAGAAAGUGAUUGUUAUGACGGCCGGAGGCAGUGGAGGGUAUUCGUAAAAUAAAACAAGAAGAUUGAUAAAUUACUAUUGGGCUUAUAGACAACACUAAUGAGAUAAAACAAUAUACAUGAAAGUUCAGUGCUUCCCUUGUGACACCUACCAGAUGCUUCUGGUGUUAUUGUACAGGGGUACCUAGUGACAGCACUAGGAUCCCGCUUCCUCUAUCAAGAAAUAAACUAUUGAAAUUGAAAAAAAAAGUGAAGUCCAGUGCUUUUGAUUGAUUAAUGUAAAAUAAAAUUAAAACAACAUUUGUACUUCAUUUUGCCUGAUUUUUACAAAACCGCAGGCGAGACGUAAAGUACAGUACGGUAUACUGUAGGUAAAUAAACCUUCGUAAAAUUUAGCUGGAGGUGCCAGGGAUUGAACCUGGGGCCUCUCACAUGCGAAGCGAGCGCUCUACAAGAGAAAUAUUGAAGUGUACAUAAAAAGAAAAAAUAUAUAUAUAGUACUUUGGUCAUACAAUUAGGGAUGAGGGGAUAUUAAUAAAAAUAUUAAAGGGUAAA